CAAGUAGUGGAGAUCCACAGUUAAGAUGCCAGGACCCCCUGGAAGCCUAGAAAUGGGAGUGUUGACAUUUAGGGAUGUGGCCGUAGAAUUCUCUCUGGAGGAGUGGCAAUGCCUGGACACUGCACAGCAGAAUUUAUAUAGGAAUGUGAUGUUAGAGAACUACAGAAAGCUGGUCUUCCUGGGUAUUGCUGCCUCUAAGCCAGACCUGAUCACCUGUCUGGAGCAAGGAAAAGAACCUUGGAAUGUGAAGAGACAUAAGAUGGGAGCUGCACCCCCAGUUGUAUGUCCUUAUUUUGCCCAAGACCUUUGGCCAAAGCAGGGCAUAAAAAAUUAUAUCCAAAAAGUGAUACUGAGAAGAUAUAAAAAAUGUGGACAUGAAAAUUUACAGCUAGGAAAAUACUGUAAAAGCGUGGAUGAGUGUAAGGUGCACGAAGAAUGUUACAAUGGACUUAGCCAGUGUUUGACAACUGCCCAGAACAAAAUAUUUCAAUGUGACAAAUACAUGAAAGUCUUUCAUAAAUUUUCAAAUUCAGACAGACAUAAGAUAAAACAUACUGGAAAGAAAGCUUUCCAAUGUAAAGAAUGUGAAAAGUCAUUUUAUGUGCUUUCACAUUUAGCUCAACAUGAAAGAAUUCAUACUGGAGAGAAACCCUACAAAUGUAAAGAAUGUGGGAAAGCCUACAAUGAGGCCUCAAACCUUUCUACACAUAAAAGAAUUCAUACUGGAAAGAAACCCUACAAAUGCGAAGAGUGUGGAAAAUCCUUUAACCAGCUCUCACACCUUACUACACAUAAGAUAAUUCACACUGGAAAGAAACCCUACAAAUGUGAGGAAUGUGGCAAAGCUUUUAACCAGUCUGCAAACCUUACUACACAUAAGAGAAUUCAUACUGGAGAGAAACCCUACAAAUGUGAGGAAUGUGGCAAAGCUUUUAGCCAGUCCUCAACCCUUACUACACAUAAGAGAAUUCAUACUGGAGAGAAACCCUACAAAUGUGAAGAAUGUGGCAAAGCUUUUAGGAAGCCCUCAAGCCUUACUACACAUAAGAGAAUUCAUACUGGAGAGAAAACCUACAAAUGUGAAGAAUGUGGCAAAGCUUUUAGGAAGUCCUCACACCUUACUACACAUAAGAGAAUUCAUACUGGAGAGAAACCCUACAAAUGUGAAGAAUGUGGCAAAGCUUUUAAGAAUUCCUCAGCCCUUACUAUACAUAAGAGAAUUCAUACUGGAGAGAAACCCUACAAAUGUGAGGAAUGUGGCAAAGCUUUUUGCCGGUCCUCAACCCUUACUACACAUAAGAGAAUUCAUACUGGAGAGAAACCCUACAAAUGUGAAGAAUGUGGCAAAGCCUUUAACCAGUCCUCACACCUUACUAAACAUAAGAGAAUUCAUACUGGAGAGAAGCCCUACAAAUGUGAAGAAUGUGGCAAAGCUUUUAGCAACCAGUCCUCAACCCUUACUACACAUAAGAGAAUUCAUACUGGAGAGAAACCCUACAAAUGUGAAGAAUGUGGCAAAGCCUUUAACCAGUCCUCACACCUUACUACACACAAGAUAAAUCAUACUGGAGAGAAACCCUACAAGUGUGAAGAAUGUGGCAAAGCCUUUAACAACUCCUUUAUUCUUAACAGACAUAAGAUGAUUCAUACUGGAGAGAAACUCUACAAACCUGAAAGUUGUAACAAUGCUUGUGACAACAUCGCAAAUGUUUCCAAACAUAAAAGAAAGUGUGCUGGUGAGAAAUCAUAGAAAUAUGAAUAAUGCAACAGAGCCUUUACAUGGUUAUCACACUUGCUUGCAGGUUAGGUAAUUCACACUGGAGAAAACUUUUACAAGUGUGAACAAUGUGGCAAAACUUACACAAUGCUUAUACCUUAUUGCACACGAAAGCCUUUAUACUUGAAAAUAAAUUCACAAAUAUAAAGUAAACUGAUUAAUAGCUGCUCACAUCUUAUUCAACAUCAGAGAGUUUAUACUUAAUAGCGUUAAAAGUGCAAUUACUGUCAAAAGAGUCUUGAGAAAAUGUAAGCCUUUAACGUGCUGAAGAGGAUUUAUUUUGAAGACAAACAUUACAAAUAUAAACAAAGUUGUAACUUUACUUGUAACACAGAUCUUGUAUUCAUUUUGUAUUAGAGGCAAACCCUGAAGCAAUUGCUCAAACUUUGUUCAUCAUCAGAGAAUUUAUAUCAAAGAAAAACCCUAUAAAUGUAAUAAAUUUGGAAAAAAACAUUUAUUCAAAAACUGCAGGUUAGAAAACAGUUCAUAUUGCAAUAUAUUUUUGCAGAUGCAAUAAAUAGAAAAAAAUUUAAUUCCAUGGUAAGUCUAUGGAAAUAUCAGAGAAUUUACAUUAGAAAUAUAUAUGACACUCAUACUUCAGACUUUACACUGAAUCAGAGUUCUGAGUUAGAAAAUAAUCCAAAACUAAACUUGGUAGAAAAAUUAUUUGUAUAUAACUUUAAAAGAGUAGAAGAUUUUUUGGAGAGUUACAAGUAUACUUUUUUUUGGAAAGAUUACAGAUUGUUUGAAAAGUAAGUAAUGUAAUUAACUCUCAUGUUCAUACAAAUAAUGUUCUAAUUAGCUCUCAAAUUACUUCAUGUUAAUGUCAUAACUAACUCUCAAAUUACUUCAUGCUAAAAAAGUUAGUUUUUCUUUUUUUGUUUGUUUGUUUGUUUGUUUUUGAGAUGGGGUCUUGCUCUGUCGCCGUCCAGGCUGGAGUGCAGUGGCGUGAUCUCGGCUCACUGCAACCUCUGUCUCUAGGGUUCAAGUGAUUCUCCUGCUUCAGCCUCCCGAGUAGCCGGGAUUACAGGCGUGCACUACCAUGUUGGCUAAGUUUUGUAUUUUUAGUAGAGCUGGAGUUUUGCCAUGUUGGCCAGGCUGGUCUCAAACUUAUGACCUUAGGUGAUCCACCCAGCUCAGCCUCCCACAAUGCUGGGAUUACAGGUGUUAGCCACUGCGCCUGGCCCAUGCUGCUUUUUUAUUCCUAUUGUAUUCAUAUGUGAAAGCAUGUGACCAAAAGAUAUGAGAGAUUAUUUUUUAUUAGGUGAGCAUUUAUGACCUGUGAAAGAGUAAGAACAUUAAAAUGUUAGAUGCAUGAUGAAAAUCUAAGUAAAGAGGUUCUUUGUGAUUCACUUACAGUAUUGAGUGAUGCAUGAGAUAGGUGUUCAGAGUAAUAUUCUGCAUUAUAUUGAGAGACAAAUACAUAUUUUAGUUUUAGUCAAAAUUAAAAAUAAAUUAGUAUAUUUUACUAGUUGUACUUUUAUGAAAAAAAUGCAGUACAUGUUAAAAAUUUUAGAUUAUGUCUGAACUUAAUUUCUUAAUUCAACAUUUUUAACAUUUUAAAUAUUGUGCAUUCAAUCAAAUCACAUUAUUCCACUUACUUUAAUCUAGUCCACCUUACUCAAGGGUGUAGAUAAAAGGUGGUAACAAGGCCGGGCACGGUGGCACACGCCUGCAAUCCCAGCAUUUUGGGAGGCCAAGGCGGGCGGAUCACUUGAGGUCAGGAGUUCAAGACCAGCCUGACCAACAUGGAGAAACCCCAUCUCUACUAAAAAUACAAAAUUAGCCAGGUGUGGUGGUGCAUGCCUGUAAUCCCAGCUACUCGGGAGGCUGAGGCAGGAGUAUCCCUUGAACCCGGGAGGCAGAGGUUGCGGUAAGCCGAGAUCAUGCCAUUGCACUGCAGCCUGGGCAACAAGAGUGAAACUCAGUCUCAAAAAAAAAAAAAAAUGCUAACAAUGCACUAUUUGGUAAAUAAUGGACUAACAUCUCUAGUACUAAUCUUUUUUCCAGUGGCUUUAAACUGCAAAUAAGGAAUAUUGUUGCUGUAGGCAAAAUUUGUAUUUUUUUCCCAUUUAAAUUUACUUUUGUUAAUUCUUUCAGGCACAAAAUGUUUAUGUUAUAUAUGGCAUAUUCUGAUAGAGGCAUACAAUAUAUAAUGAUCACAUUAGGGUAAAUGAGGUAUCCAUCACCUCU